AUGUACCGCUCCAUCUCUGAAUGUUGUGUGCCACCUUGUCUCAAGACCUCCAUCAUCGUCCCUGUUGCAGAGAGGGAGAGGACAUCGUGCCUGAAUGACUACAGACCUGUCGCCCUGGUAUCUGUGGUCGUGAAGAGCUUCAAGAAGCUCAUCCUGUCCUACCUCAAACCUAUCACUGACCCCCUCUGGGACCCUUUACAGUUUGCCUACACAGGAAAUCACUCCGUUGACGACAACAUCAACCUCAGACUCCACCACAUAUUGAUGCACUUGGACCAGCUGAGCUCCUACAUCAGGGCCCUGUUUGUGGAUUAUAGCUCGGCCUUCAACACCACCCUCCCAGACGGCCUGCACUCCAAACUGCUACAGCUACACAUUCCCAGCCCCAUCUGUUGUGUCCUCUCCCCCAAACUGUUCUCCCUGUACACCAAUGAAUGCCUCUCCAGCCACUCCUCCAUCAAACUGGUCAAGUUUGCGGAUGACACCAAGGUCCUGGGCCUCAUCAGGGACGACGAUGACAUGGCGAACAGGGACACGCUGUCACAGCUGAAAGCAUGGCCACCACCCUUUUAA